AGACAGUCACGGCAAUCGAUAUCAAUAGCUACUACAGAGAGAACGCAUUCGGCGGUAAAAACCCAAGAAAACUAAAAUAGAACAACAUUAAAAUGUUGAGUCAAACUUUCACUAUUUGCUUCCUGGCUCUGGUGGCACCCUCCGUAUACGGGAAUACAGUAUCCACAAACGAUACUGCCUGUCCCGCAUUUUGUGCCGCCAUCUACAAUCCAGUGUGCGCAACUGAUGGCCAGAACUUCAAGGAGUUUGCCAGCGCCUGCAACCUUUUGUCCCACAAUUGUCGCCGCGAAAGGGAUAGCCUUCAGGCCUAUGCCGCCACCGAUGCCGCUUGGUGCAGCUCCGAGUUCGUCGAGAAUCUGCACGAAAAGUUGGGCAACUUCAAGCUAGAUGUCAAGGAGUGCUUCAAGCCCUGCUCGAUGAUCUACCAGCCGGUGUGCAUUACCAAUGGCAAGUAUCGUGCCGAGUUGGCCAACUCUUGUCUGCUGGAGACCUUCAAUUGCGCCCUGCAGGUCUCUGGCGCCCAACCCGCUGAGUCCUUCCGCCUUUUGCGCGAACAAAAAUGCUAGACGGGAUCGGUCGUUAAAUCGGAACAAUACAUUGGCCCAUCUUUUGUUUAACAUAGUCUUCUUAUUGUUUUGAACUAAAAUACAAUCCUACGAAUUUAUGA